AGCUGGAGUUGAGCUUGGGUGUCCAUUACGAAUAUUUUGGGGGUUGGCUGUGUGUGUACCCGACAUACUGAACGAGUUGUCCCUCGCACAUUUGCAUGAUUAACUGACCCGCAGAGUCACGAGAUCGGAUGUGUGUUAAAACCUCGUCCUGUCAGCCACUGGAAUGAGUCACUAACACAUUUUAUUUAGAUUUGAUGAUCAUCUCAUAUUAGUGGCUACUUAAAGGAACUCCGCCUACAGAUUGUUGAACGAGCCGCAACCAUCCAGACUUUAAUCUGUUGUUGCUUAUCGGGGGUGGGGAGAUUCUACAUGAGUUCUGAACAUAGCGGCAGAGUUAAAAUCCAGCAGGAUGGAGCAAAUCUCAGAACAAAUCAACAGAGUAACAGAUGAGUCUAUUGAGAGUACUAGGCGGAUGCGACAGAUGGCAGGAGAGAGCCAUGAGAAGGGGAAAGAAACAAUGAUCAUGUUGGAUAACCAAGGAAAACAGCUGAGUAAUGCAGAAGUGAAUGUGGAUGAGAUGAUGGGAAACGUGAAAAGAGCCGAGAGGAAUCUGAAUGAGUUGUCCAAAUGCUGCUGGUGUUUGUGCUCAUGUAACAGAAUUAGCUCUAUAGAGAAUGACCAGAGAUAUACAAAGGUUUGGGGCACAGAGGAAAGAGAUGCAAAUAUGGUAUCCAGUCAAGUAACUGCUGUACGCAAAGUAGGUGGGGUCACUGUUCAGUCAACAGCCUCUUCAGGCACCUACAUCAAGAGAAAAACAAAUGAUGCUCAAGAAAAAGAGAUUGAGGAGAAUAUAGAGCAGGUCAACAGCAUCAUUGUGGAUCUGAAGGAUAUGGCCAUGGAAAUGAACAAUGAGCUCGACAAACAGAACAAAACCAUCGCCCGCAUCACUGAGAAGGUUGAAAUAACUGCAGAUCACGUUGAUGGCGCUACAAAGAAAGCCAAAAAAAUUAUUAAGGAAUAGGAAUUAAGGAACUAGAUAUGGAACAGAGUCAGACCAGUGUUGUUAAGGUGUGGAAUGAAGUUAUAACAAUAAUAAAAGCAAUUUACGAAAUAUUUUUUACUAGCAAAAUAAUUUUAAUGAUUAACAAAAUGAAGCAUAUUUAGGGGGUUUCUGUAUUUUUUUGUAUUGACAUUUUGUUUAAAAAUGGAGACCUGGUUUUACCAGCAGAUGGUGCUGUGACAGAUACUGAUUGCGAUUUGAGAAAUUCGUGAGGUGCAUCUCUCUGUAUACAUUGUAUUUUUUUUAAAUCUGAUGAUAUUAAAGCAAACUAAUUUUAGUCAUAUAUCUAGCUAGGCUGUAUUAUUUUUUAUUCAGUUUUUUUAUUAUUUGUAAUGAAGCAAACGUAAUCAGUUAUUUUUGUCCUGUGAUUUAAUCAUGUGUCUGCAGAGAAAUGUAGGCUACAGACCUAACAGUAGAUGGUACUGCUACAUUACUUAUUUUAAUACAUUUAUAUUUUAAUAUAGUUAGAUGUUGUGUUAAAAGCUUAAAAACUUGAUUCAAUUUACUGUCAUCUGGUGGUAAGCCCUGUGGUUAGUGCGACCCGAGUUUGAGUCCAGUGGUCCUUUCCAGAUCCCAUUCCCUCUCUCACACACUUCGUUUCCUGUCCUGUAACUGUACUGUUAAUAAAGGCAAAACCCCCCAAAAUACACUACAUUAUAAUUUAUAUUAUAGCUCCUAGUAAAAUAUGUUAAAUACCAAGAUCGUAAAAGUUCCCACAAACAUGGGCAGAUAGAAGUUGAGCAGCUGUACCAAGGUAA